CUUAUAAAAUAUCAAUUCUAUAAACAAUGACUACAAUGACAACCUCCAUCAAGGUAGAAAGACUUCAAGCCAUUUCUUCUCAUCUUUCAACACAACCUACUAUUUCCUUCAUUGGUGGUGGUAACAUGGCCGAAGCCAUUCUUGGUGGGUUACAUGCCAGUGGACAUGUUGGGUCUAAACUCAAGUACUCUGAACCUUUUGCCGAACGACUUUCAUAUAUGCAAACCAAGUAUCCUGAAUUGAACGGUUCUGCUGAUAAUUUUCAAGCCAUUGAGGGAGCCGAUGUGGUGAUCUUGGCUGUCAAACCUCAAGUACUUCGUCAAGUUCUUUCUAGUUGUGCCACUGCCUUGUUGAAGAAUCCAAAUACAUUGAUUAUUUCUAUUGCUGCUGGUAUCACUACUCAAGAUAUUUAUAAAUGGAUGAACACUGAUCAACCCGCUAGCAUUGUACGUUGUAUGCCUAAUACUCCCUCCUUACUAGGUGAAGGUGCCAUUGGUCUUUAUGCUACUGAAUCUGUUAGUCAACAACAAAGAAUGGCUUCUGAAAAUAUCAUGCGUGCUGUGGCAAAGGAAGUUUUAUGGGUAGAUAAUGAAGCUUUGAUUGAUUCUGUCACUGGCAUUAGUGGUAGUGGACCUGCUUAUUUCUUUUUAAUCAUGGAAGCCAUGCAAAAUGCUGGGAUUGCUGCUGGUUUAACACCUGAAGAUGCUAAAGCAUUAACACUUCAAACAUGUUUAGGAGCUACUCGAAUGGCACAAACCUCAGAAGAUGAUUUGGCUACUUUAAGAAGAAAGGUGACUUCUCCUAAAGGUACAACUGAAGCUGCAAUCAACUCUAUGGAAGCCAAUAAUAUUCGACAAAUCAUGAAAGAUGCUGUAUUUGCUGCUGCUGAUCGAGGACGUGAACUAUCAAAAGAACUAGGUCAAAAUUAGUUUACUAUUUUUAUUUUAUUUUUAGUUGUAUAGUUUAACCUUUUUAUAUGUACAUAUCAUUAUAUUCAACUUUAUGGAACAAAAUAAACAAAACAAAUCAAUACCAUCUAGUAAGAUUGCAUGAACAAAAAAGGAGUGUGGGGUCAAAGAGUUGAAUUGAAU